AUGCAGUUUCCUCUGUCGCAGCGGCGACACACAAACGUUGCCGUCGUGCGCUACACAAAAAAUGGGCUUAGGCUGGAGAUUGCCUGUUACAAGAACAAGGUGAUCUCGUACCGUGGCGGGAUCGAGACGCGCAUGGACGAGGUGCUGCAGGUGGAGCGCGUCUUCACGAACGUCUCGCGCGGUCUAUAUGCCUCAGAGAAGGAGAUUCAGACCGUCUUUGGCAAGGGAGCAAGCGAAAAGGAGGCACUGCAGUACAUCCUCGAUCACGGUGAGCUGCAGGUCGCACAGCAGGAGCGGGCGGCGGAGAUAGAUCAGAUGUUCAUUGAUAUUGCUGUAAUCAUCUCGCAGAAGUGUCUGAACGAAGUCACACAGAGACCCUUCCCCAGUCAGGUCAUUGAGCAAGCGCUGCGCUCCAUCGGCGCCGUGGUCAAGCUAGAUCAGCCGGUGAAGAAGCAGGCCCUCGCGCUCAUUCAUCAACUCAUAGACGCGAAGAUAAUUCCCAUUGCGCGCGCGCGGAUGAAGCUGCGCUGCAUCGCUCCCGACGAGCCUUCACUGGAGAAGCUUGUUGAGUGGUGCGAAUCAAACGAUGUCUCCAUUCUUCGAAAGACUGUCGACACUGGAGGGGCGGAUGGUGCAGUGCUCACACAGUCGCUGGUGAUUCUUCUGCAACCCCAUUUGUUCCGCGAGAUUGAAAAGUUUGUCAAGAGUGAGCUUCCACCAGGGGGAACAGUGCAUAUGAUUGAGAACGCCGCAGUGGAUGUGGGUGAAGGUGGUGUGAUGGACGCAGAGCUUAUUGCGCGUGCCAAUGCUCACGUGGCGGGAGCCGGUGGGGUGGGGAAUGCCGAUACGAGCCGUUUCACUGGCAGCAGCAGCAGCAAUCCCCAGAACGAUAGCAUCCGAGGCAACAAAAGGGGGAAGGGGGGCGGCCGGAAACCGCAGGGGAUGCAACGUGUAUUGAGCAAGGACGGGGACACCGAUCAGCAGACUUCAGCUACUGCCGAGCUGUCAUCGAUACCUGCGGAGGCUGACAGGGACGGCGACGACUUGAUGGUGGCUCUCAGCAAGUUAGCCCUCGAUGAGAAGUGUGUCUCUGACGAUGAGGAGGCGGACGGAAAGGGUAGACGCGGGAAGAAGGCGAAGCGACGCCAGGGCCGACAGCCACAACAGCGCUUGCCGGCUACCCCCAAAAAAGCGGUGGGGGCUGAGGGUGGAGAGGGGAGCGAUGAUGAGAUGCUAGCAAACCGCAAACAGCGCAAGCAGGCGGCGGCGAAGGUGAAGACGAAGGAUGACGGUGCAAACCACGGGUGGAAUGACGAUGAUGAUGAUGCUUACGGCUACAAUUGUGAGGAGGAGGAGGAGGGAGGGGGGGGGGGAGAAUGCAGGAGCUGA